CAGCAAGUUUCUGCCAUGGGAGACAGGGGAACAAGCAAUCACUCAGAAGUGACUGACUUCAUUCUUGUAGGCUUCAGGGUCCGCCCAGAGCUCCACCUUCUCCUCUUCCUGCUAUUUCUGCUGGUCUAUGCCAUGAUCCUCCUAGGGAAUGCUGGCAUGAUGGCCAUUAUCAUGACUGAUUCCCGGUUGAACACACCAAUGUACUUCUUUCUAGGCAACCUCUCCUUCAUUGAUCUCGUCUACUCAUCUGUCAUUGCACCCAAAGCUUUGGUCAACUUCUGGUCUCAGAGCAAGUCCAUCUCCUUUGCAGGCUGUGAGACCCAGCUCUUUCUUUUUGCCCUCUUCAUUGUGACUGAGGGGUUUCUCCUGGCAGCCAUGGCUUAUGACCGCUUCAUUGCCAUCUGCAACCCACUCCUCUACUCUGUCCAGAUGUCAGCACGUCUCUGUGCUCAGUUGGUGGCUGGCUCCUAUUUCUGUGGCUGCAUCAGCUCAGUUCUGGAGACCAGCAUGACAUUUACUUUAUCCUUUUGUGCUUCUCGGGCCAUUGACCACUUCUACUGUGAUGUUCGCCCACUUCAGAGAAUAUCUUGUUCGGACCUCUUCAUCUAUAAAAUGAUUUCUUUCUUCUUAUCUGGCAUCAUUAUCUUGCCUACCAUCAUCGUUAUUAUUGUUUCUUAUUUGUGUAUCAUGUCCACAGUUGUGAAAAUACGCUCCACCGAGGGGCGUAAGAAAGCCUUCUCCACCUGCAGCUCUCACCUGGGAGCCGUCAGUGUGCUGUAUGGUGCUGUCUCUUUCAUGUAUCUCACUCCUGACAGAUUUCCUGAGCUGAGUAAAGUGGCCUCCUUAGGUUACACCCUAGUCACUCCCAUGUUGAAUCCUUUGAUUUACUCUCUGAGAAACAGAGAUGUCACAGAGGCUGUAAACAAACUUUUGGAGAAGAAAAGUGCUAUUCAGGGAUUAUUAUUACUCUUCCAUUAA